AUGCCAGUAGAACCUAAACCAUCCACCACAGAUAAAUCCUGUUCUUCAACAGCGACCGCAGCAGGAAGCGGAAGUGGAGGAGGUUCAAAUGGUACGGGUACGUCUGGGAAGAAACGAUCUCUCGCACCGAAAAGAGGAGCGAUAGCAUGCGUCAGAUGUAAAGAACGUAAAGCGAAAUGUGUACCUGCACCACCUGGGACCAGUCCCGUACCAACUUGUACGAAUUGUUUGACAGCGAAGAAGGAAUGUGUGUAUUUGGAGAGAACACCGAAUGAGAUUUUCUUAUUGGAAUACGUCUCUCAACUCGAAGCACGAUGUGCAGCGUUGGAAGUGGAACUUCGAAAAUCCAAUCCUACUUCUUUAUUCGCUUCGGAUCAUAUUCAAAUGCCAGCAGAAGCUAGAUCAGCAGCAGUCAACAAGCUAAAUCAAGUUUACCCUCCGACCACAUCUACAUCCACUUCGGCACCUGCACCUGCACCUGCACCUGCGGCUGGACCAAGUACUGCACCAAUACCUAUAAAUAGCAAUAUCCAACAACCAGAGGUCAAAGUUGAAGAAGGACCGUCGAGCGUACGGUCAAAUGGAAGUGGAAGUGGUGGGGCCGGACCGGAACUGACGGUAGACGGUGAAGAGGAUGAAGAGGAUCUGGCAUUGGGUAUAGGAAUGUUGAGUCUAGGUGGGGGCGAGGAACCAGUUUAUGUUGGGCCUAGUUCAGGUAUCAACUGGGCGAGAGUUUGUGCAACUGCCCUUCGUCGACCGAGAGAAGCCACUCAACCUCGAUCUCACCUAUCUCGAUUCUCCUACCUCGCACCUCCUGAACUAGCCUCCGUGCAGUCCGCUCUCGAAUACACCCUCCAUCAUCCCACCCCACCUUUACCCCCUCCGGCACUCGCAUCGCAUUACUUGGACCUGGUCUACCAACAUAUCCAAGCUAGGUAUGGAUGUUUCGAUUGGAUAGUAGUCAAGAACUGGCAUGAGAAUCGAGAGGCUAUCUGUCAAGGAAGACCGCUCUGGGGUGUAGGUACGGGCAAUGACGAGAGGAGAAACUUGGCGAGUUUCUUCUUGUGGUUAUGUUAUGGUUAUGGAGCGAGAUUGAGUGAGGAUGAGAAAUUGGAAGGGGCCGUCUCUCAUGAGGUAUACUACAACGCAGCCGUGGCUUGCUUAUCAACUUUGACAUCCCAUCAUUCCCUCGCUACCGUCCAGGCAUUAAUAUUGUUGAUCAUCUAUGGACUUCGACAUCCCACUGCGGAAGUGUCGGUUUGGCAAGUCGGAGGAUUGGCGAUGCGUACGGCAGUAGAACUGGGCAUGCAUAGACGAAUGAGAUCAAGGAGUGAGAGGGAAAAAGAUCCUAUAAGGUAUGAAAUGAGGAAAAGAGUAUUUUGGGCUGUGUACACGCUGGACAGGAUGAUGUCUGCUCAACUGGGUCGUCCGGCUGGUAUUCAGGACCGAGAUAUCGAUGUGGAACUACCCUUAAACGUCGAUGUCGACUUUUCAGACGCCAGGGCUUUAUACCUCAUGCAGAAUCGUCAGAUCGAGUUGAUGGCUGGAAGAAGACCUGGUGAUGAGUACAAUAAUGGAUAUGGACCUGUUUCUUCGAUGACCUCCGCGAUACAUAAUCAACGGUUGAAUCAGUUGAGACAGAUGAUCACCGACGCUAUCUAUCGCCUGGAUAAACCUCUACGACCCAGAGACCCCGAUGCAAAAACGGGAGAACCAGAAAGACAAUCGUAUGAUGAGGUCGAUGAAUUACUCCGACGACUCGAUCAAUGGCGAGCAUGUACACCGCAACCAAAAGAAGGUAUACCCAUGUUACCGCAAGAGACUUGGGAGCUGAUGUACCAUGAUUGCGUUCAACUGCUGCUAAGACCUAUAGUAGCAAGUUGUAAAGCUGCUGGACGAUAUGUCAACCUAUGUCUUGAUUCAGCUGCUGCAUUGUGCGAGACACAAUAUAAUUACCUUCAACCACCUGUCGUUCAAUCCAAAUUGUCCACUUGGCGAUUUUACCGUCUCUUUUUAGCUGGUCUAACAUUAUUACACAUCAUCACGACCUUCCAUCCAUACCUGUCUGAGAACGAUCGUCAGAAAGCCGAUAGUGCCAUAAGGAAAUGUGAGAGUGCUUUGGGAGUGUUUGGAUCAAAGUUCAAAGCUGCCUCAAGACAUGAAGGUUUAUUUAGGGAAUUAGUAUCAGCUUGGGAGAAUGGGAUAACCAACCCGUCAUCCUCUAUAGCAUCUUCUCAGAUUAUGAAGAACAACCAUAAUGGUAGUCCGUUGAUACCUGGACCUGGACCUGGGCUGGCCGGGAUAGGUAUAGAAGGUACAGCCGAAGAGAUGAUUGCUAGAUUAUUUGAUCUCGGUCCUUCCCCGCCUACUCUGAAUAAUCUCAACGAUCACAUGAAUACCCCCGGUACUACCUACCUGCCUAACCAUAAUCACCCACAAUCGAUUGGAUCACUUUCAACACCUGGAUUGACCGAUUCGUUGAACGCCCCUACUACAAACAGUACAUCGAGUAUACCGAAUUAUAACCACAACCAAUUCGGAUAUCCACCUCCGAAUCAUACCUUACUUCCUGCUUCAUAUACUAGUCCUAAUCCAUCCAACCCGACUCAUAUCAAUGGCGGUCUGAGCUUGAAUUUGGAUAAUAUACAUGGUGGAGGGCACGUGUCUCAAGUAGUUGGGCAAUUUGGCCAGAAUCAGACAAUGAGUGGUUUGCAGAGUACGGACGAUUGGGCGAGCAUGUUGGGUGAAAUGGGAGGAGGAGCAAAAGAUGAUUUCUUUUCACUGAUGUCUUCAUUCGGUUUAGAGCCAUCCACUCAAACUCCCUUGGUGACUAACGAAACCUCAGAUCCGAUAUUCGAUUUUAUCAAUUCACCUCCUACCUCCACUGCCAACCAACAACAACAGCAGCAACAACAAGCACAGCAGCAGCAGCAGCAACAUACGAUGUUUCCUGGAAGUGGGAAUAUAGGUAAUACGUGGGAUACAUCGCAAUUAGGGGUAGGUGUGGAUGUGAGGAGGGAUAGUAAUUUGGGGAUGAGUGAUUGGGCAGGGUGGUUUGAGGGGUUGCAUAGUACCCAUCAGGGAGGACAAGGACAAGGAGGAAGUGGGAGUUGGGGAGGAGCGUGA